AGGAGGAAGUCACCCAUCUGUAUGCACCUUUAACAGGUCCGUAAGAGACAUCUGCUGGUCGCCUCCGGUAUCAGGAGGGUAGGUCAUACAACGGAACCGAUUUGUUUCAGGAAAACUUCUGAAAACGAUAUUGCAAUGUCUACAGAGUAUUUUCGAGAUAUUUCAAAGAUUCCCUAUUCGCCCAGCGCUGGUGCCAAGGACGUGUUGUGCUUUAAGCACUACAAUGCAGGGGAAGUGUUACAUGGAAGGACGAUGGAGGACUGGCUGAGGUUCUCUGUGUGUUACUGGCAUACCUUCUGUGGAACCGGUGCCGAUCCGUUCGGAUCCCCCACGCUCCAUCGGCCUUGGAAUGAAGGGGGCAGCGCUAUGGAAACGGCAAAGAAAAGGCUCCAUGCUGCUUUUGAGUUCUUCACCAAACUUGGUGUGAAGUAUUACACCUUCCAUGACAGGGACAUGUCCCCGGAGGGCUCCACCCUGGAGGAGUCCAACCGCAACCUGGACGAGAUGACUGAUCUGGCCCUGGAGCUCCAGCAGCAGACUGGGAUUAGAGUGCUGUGGGUCACCUGCAACCUGUUUGCCCACCCCCGGUACAUGAAUGGCGCCUCCACAAACCCAGACUGCCAUGUUUUGGCCUAUGCAGCGGCCCAGCUGAAGAAAGGCCUGGAUGUGGCGAAAAAAUUGGGCGCUGAAAACUUUGUAUUCUGGGGAGGCAGAGAAGGUUUCCUGUCAAUAUACAACACUGAUGUGGCUGCUGAGCUGAAGCAUAUGGCGAACUUUUUCAAAAUGGCAGUCGCAUACAAAGAUAAGAUUGGACUGAAGUGCCAGUUCCUCAUUGAGCCGAAGCCUAAGGAGCCAUGCAAGCACCAGUAUGAUUACGAUGCGAUGAGUGUGAUUGGUUUCCUGAAGCAUUACGGACUGGAUCAGCAUUUCAAGCUCAACAUCGAGCCCAACCACACCACACUGGCUGGCCAUGCUUAUGAGCACGACAUCGUCAUGGCCUCUGUGUUUGACAUGCUGGGGUCUGUAGACUCCAACACAGGAUCACCUGAUCUUGGAUGGGACACUGACCAGUUCCCCAUGGACAUCAGGAACACUACAGUAGUAAUGAAGACCGUGAUUGAGCAGGGUGGGCUACAGCCAGGGGGCUUGAACUUUGAUGCCAAAGUUCGACGGGAGUCCACGGACCUGGUGGACCUGUUUAUUGCCCAUAUUGGAGCCAUGGAUGCUUUUGCCAGAGGCUUACGAAAUGCUGUUAGGAUUAUUGAAGAAGGAUUUCUGGAUGGCAUGCUUAAGGAUCGUUACCUUAGUUUCAGGGCGGGGAUUGGACAGAAAGUGGAUGAGGGCAGGGCCACGCUGGAAGAGCUUGAGGACUUCAUUAAACAAAAUGGGGAACCAAGCGUCACAUCUGGACAGCAGGAGAAAUAUGAGUCUGUUUUUAAUCAUUACCUGUGAUUAAAUCAGCAAUUACUUUUUUUUUUUAUAUCUAGGUCAAAUUCAGUUGAUUUUCAGGCUGCCUAGGUGUACUUGUGUUUUAGACUUUGGACUGUUUUCACAGUGUUGUCUAGUCUGUUUAUCCACUUCUUACAAUCUGACUCUACAGAAAGCAGAAUUCCACAAAAUGAAUAGAAAAGUCAUACAUCUCAUUCGAGCCUUUUGAAAAAAUUGUUUAGCUUUUCUUGUCACUCCUUUGUUAUGUGAUGCCUGCAUUAGGUAAUUACUUGUGAUGCCUAAAGACAAAUGUUUUGAAACUGACCCUAACUAGAAGACAAAAGACUGGUAGACUGGACCCCCUUUGUUCACCUAAAAACAAAUAAAAUUAACUUUCCAUAGAAAA